UUCAAGUCGUCAAACAUGGCGGACCAGGGUGAGAAGAAGGAGAACCCCAUGAAGGAGCUGCGAAUCCGCAAGCUCUGCCUGAACAUCUGUGUGGGUGAGAGCGGAGACAGACUGACCAGGGCCGCUAAGGUGCUGGAGCAGCUCACGGGGCAGACUCCCGUCUUCUCCAAGGCCCGCUACACUGUGCGAUCAUUUGGUAUCCGUAGAAACGAAAAGAUUGCGGUCCACUGCACCGUCCGUGGUGCUAAAGCUGAGGAGAUCCUGGAGAAGGGUCUCAAGGUUCGUGAGUACGAGUUGAGGAAGAACAAUUUCUCUGACACCGGCAACUUCGGCUUUGGCAUCCAGGAGCACAUCGAUCUGGGUAUUAAGUAUGAUCCCAGCAUUGGAAUCUACGGCUUGGACUUCUACGUGGUUAUGGGCAGACCUGGCUUCAGCAUUGCCGAUAAGAAACGCAAGAAGGGCCGCAUUGGCUUCAAGCACCGCAUCCGCAAGGAGGAGGCCAUGCGCUGGUUCCAGCAGAAGUAUGAUGGCAUCAUCCUCCCCGGGAAGUAGUGGACCAUCGUUUUUGAUCUUGUUUAUAUCAAACAAAUAAAAAAAAGAAAACCCA